AUGCUUCUCCAAAUGGAAGGACUGGUGAACAUUAACCAUCAAGAAAUUCCAGUAGUAGCUGCUCCACCACCACCAGCUGCCGCCGCCACAUUAUCUCCAGUUACCACUACGCCGCCACCACCUACAGUGACAGUCAACAAUGAAAACGAUGGGUUUGACUUUUUUGAUCCUCGUCGUACUGCUCCUGCUCCUUCCCUUGCGUUUUCCCCGCAAGGAUCAGAUGGUGUAGAGAUGGAGGAUUUGUUUGGUUCUCUAUCAGAGUCUUUCUCUUCUUCAAAUGCUUUGGCUCUUGUAACAUCUACUUCAUCUAUAACCACUGAAGUUCAUCCUCCAGCAAAUACUAAUCCUUAUCUCACCUUCGAUACCUCAUCGACAAGUCGGGCAUUUGAUGAUCCAUUUGGUGAUGGUCCUUUCAAAGUUGUUCCUUCUACUGAUGGAUUUUCGGCUUAA